CUAAGAGAAUAAAAACUAAAAAAAACUACCACACAGUACCCAAUGCAUAGGAAGGGAUUGGACUUUGAGAUAGGGAGGGAAGUAAAAAUACUAAAGAACUGAAAGGAGAUUAAUCAUACACGUCAUUCUCAUUUCUAAUACUUCAGCAAAAUAUUGUACUACUUACUAGUCUCUCAAGAGGAGGCAAAGUUAACACCGACUACAAAUCAAUUGUAGUUAUGUCUGUAUGUAGGUUCUACUUCUACAUAUCAUGUUUGCCGUUUCGUCUACCUUACCUAUUGGCUAUUACUGCCUCUGUCCUACAAUAAAAUUUCUAAUGAUUUCUAGAAACAAACUCUUGCUAUUGUUUUUUCUACUUUUUUUAAAUGUUUUAAAACAUAAAUAGAUGGAUAAAAUUAUCACAUCUCUGAUCACAGAGUCAAACAAAAUGUUGGUUUCAAAACGUAGUAUUAAUGCCAGUUUCUGCCACUAGUAAUAUCCUCCUUCUCCUCACCCUCCGCUAAGCAUAACUGGUUUCAUUCCCUAUCAGCUCUUAGUUCAGAAAACUUAGCAGUAACAAAAAUGUCAGACUCAAGCAGUUUCUCCUCAACAACCUCUAAAGGCAUUGCUGCCAUUGUUGGGGUAGGCCCAAAACUUGGAAAAUCCAUCGCCCGCAAGUUUGCUCAUGAAGGCUACACAGUUGCCAUCCUCUCAAGGGAUUUAGUGAGGCUAGGAAGGAUUGCAGAAGAGAUAGCAAGGGAAGAGAAAGCUCAAGUGUUUGCCAUAAGAAUUGACUGCUCAGAUACCAGAAGUGUUACAGAAGCUUUUGAAGGGGUUCUCUCUCUCGGAUUCGUCGAAGUGUUGAUCUAUAAUGCUGCAUACCAACCACUCUCUUUGCAUCCAAAAAAUUUCACUGACAUUCCAGUCAAUUCUUUUGAGAAAUCGCUCGCUGUUUCAUCUGUUGGUGCCUUUCAUUGUGCUAAGCAGGUUCUUCCAGGUAUGAUGGAGAGAGGGAAAGGGACAAUACUCUUUACAGGCUGUUCAGCUUCUCUCAAUGGCAUGUCUGGCUUCUCUGAAUUAUGUUGUGGGAAGUUUGCGUUAAGAGGACUAUCACAGUGCCUGGCAAGAGAAUUUCAGUCACAGGGAAUACAUGUUGCUCAUGUUAUCAUUGAUGGAUUGGUCGGAGCACCCAGGGUGCCAAGUAUAUUGCAGAGAGCAAAUGUUGGGGAGCAACAAAGCGGAGGAGGAGGAGCAGCAGUAGCAGUAGCAGCAGCAGCAGCAGCAGCAGAUGGCCUGAUGGACCCAGAUGCUCUAGCUCAAACCUACUGGCACUUGCAUCUUCAAGAUCGCUCAGCUUGGACACAAGAGAUUGACCUUCGUCCUUCAACCACAUUUAGGUUCUUCUAGUUCCAAACCAGUCCACAAUCCACACUCCAACCAUGCAACUAGUAUGUUUUACCCAUUUUUUACACCCUUGUACUAAAACAGUCAAUUCACGGCGUCUAAAAUAUUUGAACCAGCAAAAAGCUAAAACUACCAUCACUUGUCAUCAACAAGUCAGUCAUUUGGCAACCACUGGGUUUCAAAUCAUAGUUUGGUAUUGUGUUGAUUUGGGGAAGAAAAAAAAAAUGGAGAUGUGAUUGGAAAUGUUGAGUUAAAUUUGCACGACACCAGAUCUUGAGUUAAAUCCAAGUUGACAAGUGAGGGUGGAUGGGAAAUGUUGUUGUGAUUGAUUCUUUUUAUUUAUUUAUUUAUGUUUGAACUGUGUGUAUAAGAAUUUGCUCUCUUUUUUGGUGGAUAUUCAGACUAUUGUCGAUUUCGUA